CUCUCCCUCUGCAUUGCCCUCUGUUCAGUCGGAUGUGGAUCCUUCUCAUACCUCUCUCCACUCCUCACAAGCCCCUCCCUCUCUCUCUCUCUCUCUCUAACUUCUACCUCACAUCACUCCCAAUCUCCAAUCCUCUUGGCGCUAUGGACCCAGUUCAAAUAGAGAAGCACCAAGCCAUGAAGAGGUGCAGAGGGAAGCAACUGCUCCCAACAUUCAUUCAAUCCUGUCUCACAGUUGUGAUGCUUGUUCUAUUCCUCUCGAGUCCCCUUUGGCUUCCUCACAUGUUCUCCUGCAUGAAGAAGUUCUUCUUGGUGUCUCUCCCAAACAUUGGUGCCAUCAUCUUCAGGCCCAAGUGCUUGUUCAUAGUCUCCAACAUCAUCAUCAUCUUCCUUAUCGGCGAGUCGAAGCUCUCCAAGUCCCCUCCGGCACCUGAUAUCUACGAAGAGUACGUGGCAAGAAGGCAAAGUCUUCAGAGGCUUCCUAGUGGUGAAGUUAAGGUGGUGGAAAGCGUGAUGGAGGAGACUCUGAAUAAAGAGAGUGUGAAGGAAGAGAGCUUAAAGGAGGAGAGUUCUGCGAAGGAGGACCCUUCAGAUGGAGGAGAGACAAAAGAGGAUGAUGAGGUAUUGGAGGAGGAGGAAGAGGAGAAAGGUGGUGGAGUUGAGGAGGAGGAGGAGGAGGAGGAGGUGGAGAGAGAGUGUGAGGAAUUGGAUGAAGAGGAAGAGAUGGGCUUGCCUGCAGAGGAAUUGAAUAGAAGGGCGGAGGACUUCAUUGCAAAGUUCAACCUGCAGAGGAGGCUUGAAGCAAGAAUGCUAGUUUGUUAUGGGUGAGGAAAGAGGAAGAGAGAUAUAGCAUCAGUAGUGCAAAAAGAUAGAGAACAAAGGUGUAUAACUCCAGCCACAUUGAACAAACAACCCCAUAUCCUAUGAGAUCUCUUGUACAUUUGGAGCUCUCUGUUUAUUUCAGAGGCAUUUCAGAAAAAGAUAUGGGGGGUUCUUCAUGUUCCUCCUUUUGCUUCUGUAGUUUUUUUCACAGACAGAAUGGACCCCAGAAAAAUAAAGGCUUCCCAUAAGUUUGCAAA